AUGAGGCCCCCGCGAGAGCCGUCGGGGAUGAGGCCGCCGCUGGUGCCGCUCGCCACGCUCAUUGGAGAAGAGCUUCGGAAAAAUGGUAAGGAUCCCGGCGAGCCCUUGAUUACGUACGGUCACUCCGGACUUGCAAAGAGAGGGGAGGACUACUUCCUCAUCAAGCGCGACUGUCAGCGGUCUCUCGAUGGUUCGUCCCCCGCCUUCUCCGUAUUCGCGGUAAUCAUCCUCAGCCGAUGGCCUCUUCUCGCUCCCACCCCUCCCCUCGCAUCUCUACCCCAUGGGUUUUCCCCUUUUGGCGGAUCGGUUAUACUUAGAGGCGGUCUUGCCUGACCAGGUCUUUGACGGUCACAAUGGAGUCUCUGCGGCCGUGUUCACAAAAGAACAUCUCUUAGACCAUGUUCUCAGCGCGAUUCCGCAAGGGCUCAGCAGGGAAGAGUGGCUUCAGGCUCUUCCGCAGGCACUCGUUGCAGGCUUUGUGAAGACUGAUAUAGAGUUCCAGCGCAAAGGCAUGUGUUGGAUAUUUCUCCGAUCGGCUCCCUUUUUUCUUCGCGAUUGUCCUUUGUUUUCUUGUUUUCCUGUCUGAUAUAUUGGGUUUGCCUUCCAGGAGAAGCUUCAGGUACGACAGUCACGCUUGUGGUAGUCGACGGAUGGACAGUGACGGUUGCCUCUGUAGGCGACUCUCGGUGCAUACUGGAGUCGCAAGGUGGUGUGGUGUCUCUGUUGACCGUUGACCAUAGAUUGGAGGAGAAUGUAGAAGAGAGGGAGCGCGUGACUGCCAGUGGGGGAGAAGUAGGCCGUCUUAAUCUUUGUGGUGGGCAAGAGGUACAGAAUACUGGAGGAUUGCAGCCUUCAUCGAUUUCAUGCCAAAAUGUUUGUUGAAUGUAUCUUCGACACUGUUUUUUCACUUUUAGGUUGGUCCACUUCGAUGCUGGCCUGGAGGAUUGUGCCUCUCGCGUUCAAUCGGAGACACGGAUGUCGGGGAGUUUAUUGUGCCUAUACCCCAUGUUAAGCAAGUAAAGGUAAGUACCGUAACUUAUUUCCACUCAACUUUGCAUGGUGGUGGUGGCUUGUCUUAUUUUUAUAAGAUUCUUUCUUUGGAGGUUAGCUUUCAAGCUCUGGCGGAAGGCUAAUUAUUGCUUCAGAUGGCAUAUGGGAUGCUGUUUCAUCUGAGAUGGCAGCAAAGUCUUGUCGAGGGUUACCUGCUGAACUUGCUGCUAAGCUUGUUGUUAAGGUAAAACCAAAAAUGUGCGGAUAUGUUUUAAUAAAAAAUGACAUAUUAGAGGAGUAUCGUGAAUCGUUCUCUUAUUUAUUGUACGCUAAAUUUGGCUGAAUCUUCUGUGGUGAUUCUAGGAAGCUCUGAGGACAACUGGUUUGAAAGAUGAUACCACCUGCUUAGUUGUCGACAUUACUCCAUCUGAUCACUCUGUUUUGCCGACAACUCCAAAAAAGAAUCAGAAUAACUUGAGAUCCCUAAUUUUCUGGAAAAAAUCGCAAGGUUCUGUGAAUAAGCUCCCUGACAAGUUAUCUUCUGUUGGGGCUGUGGAGGAACUAUUUGAGGAAGGUUCUGCCAUGCUAGCAGAAAGGUACUUCCAUGUUAACUCUUAGCUACAAGUCAUAGUUAAAUAGUCUGUCUUUUUGUUCUUAUUUCGAAGUGGAUGCCCUCGCAUUAUGUACGAUACAUGAUUAUUUUUCUUUUUACUGUGCGCUAUUUUUCUCCAAUGAAUCUCAUAGAGGUGACACUGCACAAGAUCAGGCUUGGGAUAUGAUGGAGAAACGGUUGACUGGAAUUCCUAUCGUAAACCAGCUUUGAGUCAAAAAGUUUUUUGUUUCGUAUGAAGUGACUCAGAUGAAAAGGAUCAAGUUGAUCUCCCAUGAGUGAAAAAUACUUGUGAUCAAAUGUGGCUUAAUGAUAUCAUGCUUCAACAUGGAUUGGGUAAACACUUGCCUUCAUUAGCCUUGUAGGGUUGAUGGAAAGGUUGAUUAAGCUGUCAUGAGUUCUAAAAUGCCCCAUACGUACUGUGAAUUUUUAAAGAUGAGUUCGUGUCUUUCAUGCUAGAUUCAGUAUGAUUGGUUCUCUUUUCAUUUAAAGUUUCCCUUGAACUCUUGUUCUUUCUUUAAUAUUUAUGUCUGAUAAAUAGUAUGGAUUAGUACCUCUUUAUAUAUAGGUAGAACAUAUUCCGGGGAGGGGGCAAUGUGUCUGUGUUUGCUCCAUGACAUGGUGGACCAUACUCAUUGAUUAGAAAGACAGACGAGUAAAAUCCACUCGAUGUUAAAGGAGUGUGGCGGGUGUGAUCAUCCUUUCUCAGAGUCUGCCUCACAAAGGAAAGGGUCCUAGUUAUCAUCUUUGAAAGAAAAACACUUUGGUUUGUUUCGUACCUCUUUCCUCUUGGGGCUUACUCCCUGGGCUCUGACUAACUGCGACAUUUUUUGUACUUUCAUCAAUUGUCUAUAUGUGGCCUUCGUCUUCGUUCAACAGGUGGCGGGGUGUCCUUAGAAUCUUUCCAUUUAGGAAUGUAGAGCAUAUUGUCGUAGGGUAACGAUUUGGACUCCUUGCCAGAUGGUGCCCUUUGUGCACAUUGCCUCAGGUUUUUGCAAGAAUGCCUUGGUCAUUGCUCUUUCUUGGUUUGACAUGCCGUGUGACCUCCUUAGAGGCUUGUCCCUGUGAAAAUUUUAGAAUGCUGCCCAGAAAGAUGAGUCCUAAUGGGUCUUACAGUGGGCUACGAGGAGAAUUCUCUACACAUCCUUGGCCAUGCGCACAGUAUGCGGUGAUUUGUUAAUAGAAAUAUCUUACUCUCAACAGGAAAUUCGCAAGUUCAGUAGAUGCCCAUGUAUGAUGGUCAUCAUUCUUUAAUACACAGAUCACGCUGCUAAUUUCAUACCCCAAGAGAAAAGAAAUUUCCACAUUCAAACCAAGAAAGAAAACCCUACUGAAACGUUGACCAGCUAUUUGAGCCAUUUCCAAAAGCCUUACUUUCCUCAUUUAUCUAGCAGGCAUUUGCAUGUGCAGUAUUGUCACUGAAAGAAAACCACGUAAUGUUUCGACAUCUGCUGGCAGCUGUGGUAGACAUUUUUUCAACUUGCCGGCAUAUUUUUUCUGCAUUUUCCUCCCAAGUGUCACCGUAUACCAUUUAUUUAUGAAUUAAUCGUCUACCUGAACAUGUGCUGCGCAAUGCCACUCGAUUUUGAUGAGAAAAUAGAGUUUGAUUGAUGGACUGGUUCAUGGCAGAUCGUUGUUGAAAGAUUAUGAUUCGAAUUCUGUUCAUAAUAUUUUACAGUUAGCGUAGGGGGGAGUGAGACUCUGCUGGUAAGUUUCAGCUUUGCUGGCUGCCUUUGAAAGGAGCUGUCCAUCAAGUAAAGUGAAGCUUUUAGACGCUUUUACCGAGGGAACUGCAGCUGUGGGUGUCCUUGUAGAGAGAGGAGGGGGGGAGGGGGGGGGGACAAGGUGAAAGUAGAUUGCUGGGCAAUAAUGAUCUUGCGAAUUUCUUUCUUCUUUUUCAGCACUUUGAACUCUUUUGGUCGUGCACCUUAUGUGUUUAUUGAAAUCAUAAGCAUUUAAGCUCGUACAAAAACUUCAGGUUGAAGAACGAUUCUCUCUCCAAGAUGGACUCGGGUCCCCUGCGGUGCGCCAUAUGCCAGGCAGACCAAGACCAGGCCGAGGACUCGCCCAUCAAAUCCGGCGUAUACUUGUCUCCGUCAUCGAAGCAGUGGGACGGCCCAUUUCUCUGCUCAGUUUGCAGGAAAAAGAAGGACGCCAUGGAAGGGAGGAGGCCGAGGAAAUCCCUGGUCAUGAUUUGA